AUGUGGACUCGGUUCGUUGUUAUUUUUGCUGUGCUCUUGGGCACAGUGUCCUGUUAUCCACAAGGGCGUGUCGUUAAUGGCACCUCCACCAGCAUAGAGAAUUAUCCAUUUAUGGUCUCUUUGCGUGGCUCGACCGGUUCACACUCGUGCGGCUCUACCAUCAUUGCGCCACGUUGGAUACUCAGCGCUGCCCAUUGUGUCAACGGCAGAACAGCUAGUCAGAUCAGCAUUCAAUUCGCCUCGACAGAGAUCAGCGCAAGCAGUGCAAAUGUGGCCAAAGUGAAACGCAUCAUAAUGCAUGAGGGCUACAGUCCGAAUGAUGCAUAUGCAAAUGAUAUCGCCUUAUUGGAGUUGUCUGGUCAAUUGGUGUUCAAUUACAAAACCUUGGCGCCUGUCACUUUGCCUGAACAGGACUUUGAAAUAGCACAGGUGGCAGAGGGUGAGCCCGGCAUACUGGCCGGCUGGGGUCUCAAUGAGACCGGUGGUUCUAUUCAGACUGUAAUUCAAGAAGUCGAUUUGAAAAUCUACUCGGAUGCGGAGUGCACUGAACGUCAUAAUGGCCGCACCACCACCGAUCACAUUUGUGGUGGCGUAGACGAGGGUGGCAAGGGGCAAUGCAGUGGCGAUUCCGGCGGUCCUCUGGUCUAUGAUGGGCAUAUUCAAUUGGGCAUUGUGUCGUGGAGCAUCAAACCGUGCACUGUGUAUCCAUAUCCAGGAGUUUACACUAAAGUUUCGCAUUACAUCAAUUGGAUUAAGGAAAACAUUGAAGCGGACGCUUAAAAAUAAUAAAAAUGUUAACGUGAUUUAUACAAUUCUUAACAAUUGUGAUGGAUUUUUUAACAUUUUUAUUGCCGCGCAUUAAUAGCACAGCAGCGAUAACAUAGUGAACAUUUUUAUACUGUCGCACAAUUGGC